AUGUUGAAGCGAGGUGUGCCAAUGCCCUCCCCACCUACGCAUCUGGGACCAGUGUCCAAGCGAAAACGUCAUUCGUCUCGAACUGGAAGAAUACCAUUGGAUAUUGCAUCGGACACCGUGGAGGUAUCCGAGGGCUUUGCCUGCCCCUUCUUCAGGAAAGACCCUGUGCAGCAUAUGGCUUGCCUCAGCCGCAAAUUGAAGCGGAUUGGCGACGUCAAGCAGCAUAUACACCGGCGUCACCUCAACGACAUCGUGCAAUGCUAUACCUGCAAUCUGGCAUUUGGCUCAUCUAUCGACCGUGAUGAGCAUGUCAACUUGUCUCGUUGCUCCUAUACCAUUCAGCAAAGUAUCGCAGAGAAACUGAGAGCCCGUGCCCCCCGCGGGAUGCCACCAACAGGCAUAUAUUCAGAUCUCUGUGACAUUCUAUUCGGCAAGCAAGAAAUACCUCUGGAGCCUUACCUUGGCCCCAUCCUGCUGGAAAGCAACGCACUACUCUGGAACUUCUGGCAAUCAGAGAAGGCCUCACUUGUUCAAACUGCAAUCAAGGAUCAGUCUACAUCCACCACGCCAGCAGACGUUUCUCCCAUGGUAUUAGCCAUAAUUGAGCAGCUUCGCAUGAGGUUUGAGCAACAUGUGAAAGCAUCACAACUCGGUGAACCACCUAGCACCCCUGCGUCUAUGACGCUUUCCAACACCCAGGAAGCAAUACUUCAAGCCAACCCUUUGUCAAUGCAGGUUUUUGGCUAUAACCAAGGCUCGGACGUCUCGUUUGAAGCUCAAUUGCAAACUGCAGAGGGGUCUCACAAUUCAAUGUUUCUCCUAGCUAGCGCAGGCACAGCCAUGUCCUUGAAUGACGGUACAAGCACCUUCCUGAAUACAAUCGAUUCAAAUAAUGGUACCAGCGAUCUCUCAUUGUUGAGACGAGGUGAGAAUCACUCUUCAGUGGAAACUAUGCUCGAAUCUGAGGCAAAUCUUUCGACAAAUGGUUGA